UACUGUCACUUGUGAUCUGUGGAGACUGAGAGACUAGAAGGCAAAUAAGAUGGAGGUACUAAGGAGAGGGUUAAUACUGUUAAUGGUUUUCAUGUUUCUGCAGAGAGGAGAGGGGCAAUUAUUUGAAAAUUUCUACAGCGAUACUUGUCCGAAUCUGGAAUCCAUAGUGAAACAGGAAGUGUCAACGAAGUUUGGCCAGACAUUCGUUACAAUUCCUGCAACUCUGCGCUUGUUUUUCCAUGAGUGCUUUGUUGAGGGUUGUGAUGCAUCAAUCAUGAUUUCAUCGCCAACUGGAGAUGCUGAAAAGGAUGCUCCAGAUAAUCUUUCCCUUGCAGGAGAUGGGUUUGACACCGUAAUAAAGGCAAAGCAGGCAGUGGAAAGUCAAUGCCCGGGAGUAGUGUCUUGUGCUGACAUUUUGGCUCUUGCUGCCAGGGAUGUUGUAGUCCUGGCUGAAGACCCUACCUGGGAAGUAGAAUUGGGACGUCGAGAUGACCUAAUAUCGCAAGCAUCCAGAGUAGCAGGAAAUCUACCGGAGCCGCCAUUCAACCUCGUUCAACUUAACACCAUUUUUGCUAGACACAACCUUACCCAAUUUGAUAUGAUUGCACUCUCAGGAGCUCAUACUGUGGGCAUGUCUCACUGCAACCGCUUUGCAAAUCGCUUAUACUCGUCUCCUGUUGAUCCUACUUUGGACCCAAACUAUGCACAACAGUUGAUGGAAGCCUGCCCUCGAAAUGUAGACCCCAGCAUUGUCGUCAACAUGGAUCAUGUAACCCCGCAAACUUUUGACAAUGUAUACUACCAGGAUCUAGUUGCUGGGAAGGGCUUGUUCACUUCGGAUGAGGUGCUUUUCACUAAUUCAGCAUCUGAAGCCACUGUAAGAGAUUUCGCUAGCAACCCUCGAAACUUUAAUGGAGCUUUUAAGCAAUGA